AUGCUAAUUCUGUUGCGGUAUCCUCCACGUCAUUGUCUCUCUCGUGAAGACUUUGGUGCUGAAGGUGUGAUGAUGGCGGCUAAAGUGGCUACUAGCCCUUUGAAAUCAGGCAGACCGCAGCUAAGGCGAUCGAAGUCUGUGUCCAACACAUCGUUGAUCAGCUUGUGUGACAGCGACGAGGAGAAUUCGUUGCCGCCGCCUAACGCAUGCUUUUCCGGCGGGAACAACUGCGUUUCAAGUCACUCUACUGAAGCCAGUCCUACUAGGUUCGCAGUGAAGAUGACCAAACGUUAUGGUUGUAGACAAGUGUGUAGCGAAGCCGAAGGUACCUCUUGGAAACAGGAGAUUCGAAUAGGCCCGGAAUUUCAGGCAGAAAUUCCGUCUCUUUCUAAUGGUUUUGGUUCCUCAGCACCGCAGGAAGUUGCUGAUAAUGAACAACAAGAGAACGAGCCGAAACUGAUGUGGAAGUGCGAUGUGUUGAACGAGCAAAAAGUCGUGAAAUUCCUUAUCGAAUACUACCAAAUCCUGUAUCCGAGAUCUCCAAAACUGUCGUCAUCAUCCCGAUUGUUGUAUCGCGACGACGAAUACGCGCUAUACUUGCUUCACAAGAGCGGCUACAAGAAAAGGGUAGCAGUUAGCUACCUGAAGCAACAGCUGGCAACACCGAAACGUGGCCACACCGAAGACUCGGAUCUCGUAGCUGUACGACAAGCAUGCUGUCCCACCGGCAAGUCGUGGCCCGUCAAGGACGUUGAAGCCUUCGAGGAGGGCAUCAAAGAGUUCGGCAAGGAUUUCUAUAAGAUUCAGCGAAAAUUCCUAAUUCAUCGUACCGUUGGCCAGUUAGUGACCUUUUACUACGCUUGGAAGAAAUCAGAACGCCACGACAGCCUUGUACAGACGGUUCACUACGAAAAACGAAAUUUCAGACUGCACCCGAAGGCGACGUAA